AUCUCCUCGUUGAGUCUCUCUCUCACUCUCUCUCUCUAGAACCAUCCUCACAUCUCUCUCCAACUCUCAGUGAACCCCAGAACAAGAAGAAGAAGAAGGAUCAAAACGAUGUCGUGGCAGCAGUACGUGGACGAGCACUUGAUGUGCGACAUCGACGGCAACACUCUCACCGCCGCCGCCAUCCUCGGCCAAGACGGCACCGUUUGGUCCCAGAGCGCCAACUUCCCUCAGUUUAAGCCGGAAGAGAUUGCGGCCAUUAUGAAAGAUUUUGAUCAGCCCGGAACGCUUGCACCGACUGGAUUAUUCCUCGGAGGGACUAAAUAUAUGGUGAUUCAAGGCGAAGCCGGUGCCGUGAUUCGUGGAAAGAAGGGAUCUGGUGGUGUUACUGUUAAGAAGACCAAUCAGGCGUUGAUCAUUGGCAUAUACGAUGAGCCUAUGACUCCUGGACAGUGCAACAUGAUUGUUGAAAGGCUGGGCGAUUAUCUUGUUGAACAGGGUCUGUAAUUGCUCCUGUUACUAUAUCAUGAAAAUUAUGGUGAACUAGGUGUGAGAACAGAGCUGAUGCUGCUUGUCAUGUGAUGGAUAUAUGUGUGAGGCGUUUGUUCUGGAUUUUCAUUUGUGAAUGAUAGUGUAUUUGAUUUUACAAUUGAUACUUUUACUGGAGUUAUUUCUAUACUGUUCUGCUGGAGUGUGUUGAUGCUAUGUUGUUGGCUUUGUGGUAGUUUGUUUCAUCAGAAAUAUGACUUCGGUGUAAAACAUGAAUCAUUCGGCUUACUGCUACUGCAGUGUGCUAAAAAUGAUAAUUUUCUUGAGAAAGAAGUGGAUUUUACAGU